GAAGGCUUUGGGUCACUCUAGUUCCUACUUUGCUUGAUCCUCCAUGAGAAUGUUAAGUCCCUGCAGAGGAUGACGAAUAAUGUGGAGCCCUGGACGUUAACUGAGUAUCUUUGCUUCUUAUGUGUGUGAUUUACCACAGAGCCCAUGGGUAUGAAGGACUGGUUGUGUGCCUUUUGUUGCCUUAGACUCGGAUGUAUUGAUUACCCUAAACAUGAGAAGCAGCCACUAGUAAACAAUAACAACCAUAUCCAGAAUUACUCUGUAACCAAUGAUGAUGAGAGAAACCUGUGGAGCUCGCCUCAUGACCUGUCUCACACAGAAGCAGUUGAUGAUAGGGUGCUGCAUUCCUGGAUUCAGACGAGACGCCAACUAGAAAAAGACUCAGAGGAAUGGCAAAAACUCAACUAUGAAAUUUACACCCUAAGGCAAGCAAGAAGAGAAGUGAGAUCCAGGUGGAGAAGGAUACUGGAGGACUUGGGUUUCCAAAAAGAAGCUGAAUCUCUCUUGUCUGUUACGAAGCAAAGUACCAUCAGUUGCCCUAAAAAUAUGAAGAAGGCAAUGGAGCUCCUUCUGCGACUUGCAGAUGAUACAACAAUCUUCCCAGCAGGGUGGGAUCUGCCCGAAAGAUACCUCUAUAUAAUGGACCGACUGAUAUGUCUUGAUGCAGUGGAGGACUUCUUUAACAUCGCUCACAGGAGGUAUCCUAAAACGCAUGAGGAAAAAGGAUCUAAGAUGAUAAAGUGAGGCUCCUUUUGCAUGACCUUCUAGCAGACCUCAGAGGAGCAAGAGGGGGGCUUUUUUGUUUCCAGGCUGAGGGAUGCUCUUUUAAUGGGUUUUGGCUGCAAGUGCUGAUCUGAAUCUAAGAAAACUUUCAUUCUGCAUCUUGCAAAGAAAUGGGUCUCUAUGUACCAAGGAUGCCAAGUCCCCUUUCCUCUACUCAGUUCAGCAGAUCUGAUCCAACUAUUUACCAACCAGAACUUCUCGCUGCUCCCACUGCUGGCAGACUUGUCGCUAAAACUCAAAGCUUCCAUAGACUUGACGCUUCUUAGUCUUAACAACUUGCUGUUUUUGGAAAAUAUGUAUUUUAAAUAUGUUUAAAAAUGGUAUUAAUCAAUCUGCUACAUUGUAACAAGGUAUACAAUUAACUCUUGAUCCCCUGAUUGUACUUCCUGGCAUCAGAACAUUGCACAGGUAGAAAUAGUUUGAACAUGAACUAUAAAACGCUAAUAAUAUGUACUCCUUGUCUCUAUAUUAUUUUAGAGGCACUAAUAUAGGCCAUGUUUUAUCCCACCUUCAUUUUGUGGUUGGCUUCAAGAGCCAUUUUGUGGGAUGCUCCAGUAUUAAAAGGCAUGUGGCUUUCAGCAAGUGGCCCAUAAAAAAAAUGUCAAUGAACCAAGAAACCCUGUAAUGUUGACUAUAUGGUUAUAGUCUUGGCCCAUAAAGACACAUUUAGCCACUGCCAGCAAACCUGACGUACAUGGCUUAUGAAUAAGAGCGUGUUUGUCACUCCAUCACACAUCUCCAGGUUCUGGAUGGUUGUCAGUGAUCAGCCAUUUUCAGCCCAAGAUCCUAUGGAAAUCCAUAAAAAUAAAUAAAUAAUAAUUUGCUCUGAUAAUGGUAACACUGCGGAGAUCACUGGCUACGUUUUAGGUUUACGCCCCACUUCAGACCAGACAGUCUUGAGGUGUGGUCAUAUGCUACAAAUGGUCCUAGAAAAUGCUAUAGCCGUGAACAAGAACACAUUUUUAUUAAAGGGGUUGGCCACUUUCUGGUUACUGUUGACCAAUGUGUUUGUGAGAGGAUUAUACGUCAUUUACUAAAAUGGCCUUUGUUGAAAUUGUGCUCUUUUUCAUAAGAUAUGCCCCCUAGUUUACAGGGUCUUUUGUGCUGUCCA